UUAGAACCGUAUGGAGGAUAGUUUCAGAGAUAGUCUCAUAAAUCAACAUCUUUACGAGUCUAUCUCGUUCUUUCCACUGCUUUUCGUUUGGUGGUGUUGAAGAGGAACUGCCGUGAAGGUCAUCAGCUAUACCAAACGUGAGGCAAUGUAUUUUAAAAAGCUCUCUCCAUGUGUCAUAGUUGAACUUUUGCAGAUCAAGGACAAUUGUGACAUGCCCCCGAUAUGUGUGUGUGAUCUUUAAAGGUUUAUCGUUUGUAUCCAUAGGCAAUGAGAGAUAAGACUGAGUUUAGGAGAGAGAUAGAAUAGAGAGAAGAGGAGUCGAGAACGUGAGAAAAAUGGAGAAAGUGAGACUUGAGAGAAGAAAUAAUUGGCAGCUAGAGUUUUGCUUACUCUAUAAGUUGGUGUAUAAUAGGUAGAGCUCAAUGCCCUUCUUAUGUUAUUAAGGAUUCUAUAUAUAGAUUUACAUAGGAAAUCCUAAUCAUGUACAUGUAUAUAUUUGUAUAUCUUUAUAUAGUCUAACAAAGAUUACAUAGCUUCUUUUGGAUCAUUCUACAUUAUAUUUUCGCAUCUAUAUUCAUUCCGCCCAAGGUACAGAUCUCCACCUAGUUGUUUUUAUUCUAACCAAAGGCAGUUAUGAAUUGAAAUUAAAGUAUACUAGGUUUAAAUUGCGGGUGUUAGUUUUUCAUAAAUUGUUUAAUGACGUUUCUAAACACAUAGUUUUUUUUUUUUUUAAGUUCCUACACAUCAGAACUCAACCCACCCAGAUCUGGAAGGACCCGAUUCGAAUCCCACCCAAAAAUUUAUAAAACUCGAGUGGAGCUUAAUCUCAAAAUCCAAAACGCUCGAUACCUGAAAGAACUAAUUUGCACCCGAACGGAUAUCGUAAUAUCCAUACCUAACUGAUUAUGUAAAAAAUAAAAAUUUCUUUGUUAACUUUUUGAAUUUUUGUCACGGGGGAAGAAAAUUCAUUCAAGCAUGUGAAAUUAUUACAGUUAACACGAUGUCAAAUUAUUAUGGUAAAACAAUUGAUUAAGUAGUUAAAAUAUAAAAACAAUGUAAAAGAUAUAAUAAAACAAAAAAAAUAGGUAAGUUCUGCUUUUAUUUCUAUAAUAAAUAUUUUCAAAUUAUUUGGAAAAUAACAAUUAAUGAAAUAGUUAAGAUGAAUUAAAAUAAGGAAAGAACAACAGAUCUAAUAAAUCUGUUGAAAAUAAGAUUAGUUCUAUUUUGUACUCCAAUUUUAAUAAUAUAAAUAUUUUUUGAAAAAAAAUAAAUUUAAAUAAUUCCUCUAAAUUAUAUAAAUUUUUAGAAAGAAGAUUAUAUAAUAUAAUGGUUUCAUUUUUAAAAAUAAAGAAUGAAGUAUGAUAUGUUUUUGAUUGUUUGUAUUAUGCACAUUGUUUUACUGUUAGUAUUUUUUUUAUAGAUAUACCGUUAGUAUUUAGAUAGGUAGUGAAUGAUGUUUCACUUUUCAUUAGAAACAAAAGAAGUCAAGUUUCUUAAUUUGUGUCUAAGACUUUUAAGUAUAGUUUCUUGCAAAAUUCGAGAAAGAAAAAAAGUUAAGUUUCUUAAUUUGUGUAUAAAACUUUUAAGUAUUGUCUCUUGCAAAAUUCGAGAAAGAAAAAAAGUUAAGUUUCUUAAUUUGUGUAUAAAACUUUUAAAAGAAGCCGAAGGGCUGCCUAUAGUAAAUGUUAUCAUUGGGAAAAUGUAAAGUUAACAGAUAAUUCAUUCCCAAAGAUGUAAGUAUAUAAAAAGAAAACCCCAAAGAGAGAAAGGAGAGAAACAAUGCAGGUAUAUAAAAAGAAAACCACAAAGAGAAAAAGGAGAGAAACAAUGCAGAUUUCUAUUAAGACGGUAGAGGGAAAAAGCAUAAACCUAGAGGUGGAGGAUAGCUCUAAGCCCAUCGACCUCAAGAUCUAUGGACCCAUCCGUCAACUGGUUCUAGGUUUGAAUCCGGAUGCGUAUCCAACUCAAGACGCAGUCAUGCGGAUUUUUGUAUCGACUAUAAAGGAGAAAACAUUCAUCCUACAAGUGAAGGGGUCCGAUACCAUUAAAAAAGUCAAGACCAUGAUCCAUGAUCAGGGUGGCUUACCGGUGGACCAGCUGAAUCUUAACUUUCUUGGCACCACGCUUGAAAACAGUCGCACCGUAGCUUACUACAACAUCAAGCCGGACUCCAAUCUUGUCAUUGUGCAGCGUGGUUGCAUCUGCUAAACGUGUCUCUUUGUUUUCCAAAAUGUUAUCAGUAUUGCUUUUGAUAUUUCCAAACACAAGUAGCUUUAAUGGCUUAAACAGUUUCAAUAUAUAAUCUUUUGCUGUUAAGAAAUCGGUUAAACAUU